AUGAAGGCUCUGGAGCCUCUAGAGGGUGGGCCGGCCCAGCAGUUGUUCGGCUUUAAGUCUGCUGUGGCGCCGAUUCGCUGUGCUGAGGCGAUGAUUCUCGAGUGGAUGGCUGAGCCUCGUGUGGGCGUGCUCAUGGACCUGGGGAGGAUCAGAUCCCGCCUGUCUGCCAUUCUGGCCGCUACAGCCUACCGGCGAGCGGUCAGCUUCGCAGCCUUCCUCGUGCUUGUAGCGAGGUUCCCGCGCGUUGUGAACCUAAAGAAGGCGUCCAUGUCUCGGGAAACGGCAGCUUAUUUGGCUAUCGUGGCGGAGUUGGGGGCGGGCAGGCAGAUUAAGAACGAUUGCUUUGCUUCCGUGCUGGUGCAGGUGCUCGGGGUGAAGGAGAGUGCUGAGCUGCAGGAAGGGUUUGGGUUUUUCGUGCAGCAUCUGCUCUCAGGCGGGCUGGAGGAGGCGCAUGCAAAGGGGCGAGGGGGAGCGGGGGGAAAGGGUGCUGAGAAUGCGCAGGGGGAGGAGAAAGGGGGGACCGGGAGGAAGGCUGCUGAGGAGGCGCAGGGAGAGGAGGGACGGGCGGAUGGCGAGGUGGUGGAGAGGGGUGGGGGCAUGGAAAAGGAGGAGGAACUGCUGAGUGCUCUGGCAGGGUUGGAUAUCACACAGGGUGAUUCUGAGCUGUCAAAUCCAGAGAGCUGUGCUGAGGCGUGUAUGUACAUAUUCGAUGGGAACAAUGCCAAUAAGAUGAGGGUGGAAGAGGCUGCGAUUGAGGAGGCUAGAAGGAGACUGAGAGGAGGGGUGGGUGGAAAAGUGAGAGUGUGGGGUUCAGGAGGAACUGGAGGAGAGGGGACAGCAUCAGACACGAGUGGGGCUGGAGCAGACACGAGUGGGGCUGGAGCAGAUACGAGUGGGGCUGGAGCAGAUACGAGUGGGGCUGGAGCAGACACGAGUGGGGCUGGAGCAGAUACUAGUGGGGCUGGAGCAGACACGAGUGGGACAUCAGCAAGCACCAGUGGCAGUGGAGCAGCAGCUAACACGACUGGGGGAGCAGCAGACACAAGCAGGGCAGCAAAAUCAUCGGCAGUGUGGGAUGCGUCUGCUGCCAGUGCUGCUGCUUUAGCUGAAACCCGGCCUUCUUCUAGAAGAGCAGAUGGCACUUGCGCCAGCUACAGUGCUGGUCUCGUGCCUGUAAACGCAAGUUCUGUCCUCGCAGCCUUCACAUACCGAGUCGCCCGCAUCUUACACUGGGUCCGAAUCUACGGCUCAGAUGUUGUCUUCGUGAGAAGAUGCUUCAGGAGUAAGCCACAGGACAGGAUCCUGCAAAUGCCCCAUCCGUUUCGAGGCCUCCCGAGCCUGCUGCUCCGGCUCGGCGCCAUCCCCAAGCCUCUUGAUGACGCUGAUUUCCCUACGGAGUGGGAGGAAUGGCCACAGGGGGAUGAAGCUGCUGCGAAGCUUCCCCAUGAUCGUGAAGCGAGAUUCUUCCAGCUGGGUAUUGUGGAGGAGAGUGCGACGGGGGUGGGGAGUACUCAGGGGUGCGACAGGGUAACAGAGCAAACAUCAAAGUCUGGGAGGAAGCACACAAGAGGGAAGGGGCGAAGAGGCAAAGCAUCCACCCAAGGAAGUGGCAUCAGAGGCGGUGAUACAAACAGAGGGUUUGGCGAAGACCAAAGGGGGGGGUUCUCAAACCCAUCCGGCACGGCUGCUGUUGCACAGUUGCCUCCGGGAUGGACCCUCCCCAUCGUCCGCUGUGUGGCAGAUGCAGAGUUUCUAGUUGAAGCGGUGAGCGUGAUUGUGAGUCCACCGGCAUGUGCCUACUGCAUCCACUGCUACCGCGGCUAUACGUGCACCAUCCCAACCAUUGCCCUCAUUGCCAAAUACUCCUACCGCCCCCUGCACGUCCUAUUCAACCGCUUUCUAUCGGUCUUCCCGCCGCACUCCGCUGGGUUUGACACGCUUGUGGAUCUCAUUGGGUUGUCGCCGCUUCCCCCCGGCCCGCCUGGGCUUGUCAAUCUGGCGAGGAUGCGUGGUGAGGUAGAGGAGCAGGGGGUGGCGUUCCUGCUGCUCGUUGCGCUCAUGUGGCCUGCUUCCCUUCUCGAUAUGGAGCAGUUUGACGGAUAA